UACGGAGUAUAUGUACAAAAAAUUAGGAACUCGCACUUUAAUCAUUAACUAAUUUUACUAAUGAUUAUCCAUCAUUUAAAAAUUAAAACUACUCCGGAAUAAAGAACAUGAAAAGCGAAUCAACGCUCUCUUCCGGUUUUCUCGGUCAAAUUUAUCCGUACCUUAUCUUCUUCUUCUUCUUCUUCUUCUUCUUCCUCCGUAUGGAUCAGCCAGCAGAAUCCUUCCAUCGUCGCAGCAUCAAACUCAUCACUCUCCUACUAUGAAUCGCUCGUUCUGUAAUUUUCUGAGAAAGCCCCACAAUCUCAGCCCUCGUUUGAUCUGCUCGAAAUCCAGAUCCAUCUCGUCGCGAUCGGACGGCGGCCGGAGGUUCCAUUACCGCGACGAGAGGAAAAAGGGCGGGAAGUUCGUCGAUUCGUUCCUCAGAUCGCCGCUUCUCCCCGUUGUUGCCUGCUCAAGUGCUGCGGGUUUAAUUUGUCAUUACUCGUUAUCUCAGAAGGAUUCUCCUGUUGCUUUUGCUGAUUCUGGAAAUGGGGCAUCGUACCAGCAUGAGAAUAAGCCUAUGUUUAUCUUCAAAGAUACAUAUAGGAAAAAGGUGUUCUUCAAAUAUGAAAAACGGUUGAGGAUGCGUAGUCCUCCUGAAAAGGUGUUUGAGUACUUUGCAUCUUUCCGGACACCUGCGGGAGAAGCGUAUAUGACCCCAGCAGAUCUAAUGCGGGCGGUUGUUCCUGUUUUUCCUCCUUCUGAAGCGCCUGUGGUUAGAGCUGGAAAACUGAAAGGGGAACUGGUUAAUUGUGAGCUGCAUUGUGCUCCUUCGAAGUUUUUUAUGCUUUUUGAUACCAACAAUGACGGUCUUAUAUCGUUUCCAGAGUAUAUCUUUUUUGUUACACUCCUCAGCAUCCCCGAGUCAAGCUUCUCGAUAGCAUUUCGUAUGUUUGACACCGACAAUGAUGGAGGAAUAGACAAGGAGGAGUUCAAGAAAGUGAUGUCACUGAUGCGAAAUCAAAACCGUCAAGGUGCCCACCACCGAGAUGGGAAGCGAAUUGGAUUGCAUGUUUCUGGUUCUGUGGAAGAUGCUGCUUUGCUCGAGUACUUCUUUGGAAAAGACGGAAAUGCCCACCUUGAUCACGAAAAAUUUGUCCAGUUCUUGAGAGAUUUACACAACGAAAUUUUGAGGUUGGAAUUUGAACACUACGAUUAUGGUUCACGGGGAAGCAUCUCUGCUAAAGACUUUGCAUUAUCAAUGGUCGUAUCAGCAGACAUGAGCCACAUCGACAAGUUUCUUGAUCGCGUCGAAGAGCUGACCAGCGCGACACAUCUUAAAGACGCACGCUUUUCUUUCGACGAGUUCAAGAGCUUUGCUGAGCUGAGAAACAAAUUGCACCCGUUUACCCUCGCCAUCUUUAGUUAUGGAAAGUCGGUGAACGGUCUGCUCACAAAGGAUGACUUCAAGAGAGCAGCCAAGCAGGUUUGUGGCAUAUCUCUCACUGAAAACAUGGUCAACCUGAUAUUUUACGUGUUCGACACGAACCGUGAUGGGAUUCUGAGCUCGGACGAGUUCCUCAGAGUGUUGCAGAGGCGAGAGACUGACAUUUCGCAUCCGAGGGAGUCUGGGCUUGUUGGGAUGAUAUCGUGCUGGAUGGACUGUGUGACGAAAGGCUGUUCUUAUUCCAAGGUUCUUCGCUGAAUCUUGUGUCCUGUCUCCUGAAACCAAACAUGGUGGUGUCUGAACAGGAAGCAUUGUACAUAUUGAGAGAUGUUGAUCUUUGUUUCCCUGCCUUAGCUUCAUUUUGUAAACAAACAGCAGCUUGGCACUAUGAAGAAACAAGUAGGCUUGACACAAGUGUAUUGAAAGUAUAUCUAAACCAAAUAGUGUGACAUUUUCAAUUUUAUGAACUUUAUAAUGAUUUCUAGCUUUAAUAAAAUUUAAUAUUCUCAUGUCCCGGGAUUGUUUUUUGUUUUUCAUUUUCAUAAAAAGAAUGCAUGUUU